CUCAACGGUGCUGGAAGAGCAUGAAAUCAAGAGAAAGCAGAAGCGAGUAAACUGAUUCAAACAAAAAGCUCCUUAACAGGCCAAUGUUUGCUGCAAGAAAUUUACAGAGGCAUUGCUUGAAGUUCUCAUACUCUAUCCUUCAAUCUAAUCUCUCCAAGAAUGGUAUAUCUUUAGGACCUACAUCUCAUCAUGUAUCAAGCAAAGUAAUUCAGUCAGGCAGUGAAGUUACGUCUUAUUCUUAUGGCAAGCCAUUGAAUUCAUUCAAUAUAUCAUCUCGAACAAUGUCAACAUCAAAAGGAAGAAGUAUGCGGAGCAAGGUGGAAAGGCGAAUGCAGAAAGAGUCUGGUAAAACUCUAAGGGAGAUUCGUAGAGCUAAAAAAUUGAAAAAGAAGCUAAUGACUGAGGAGGAGAGGCUUAUUUACAAUCUUAAACGAGCCAAGAAGAAAGUAGCAUUGCUCCUGCAAAAACUCAAGAAAUAUGAGCUUCCAGAAUUGCCUUCUCCUCGACAUGAUCCGGAGCUCUUAACACCUGAACAGCUUCAGGCAUAUAAAAAGAUUGGUUUCAGGAAUAAGAACUAUGUUCCCGUUGGUGUACGAGGAGUUUUUGGUGGUGUUGUGCAAAAUAUGCAUCUUCACUGGAAGUUUCAUGAGACUGUUCAAGUUUGCUGUGACAACUUCCCCAAGGAAAAAAUCAAAGAAAUGGCCACAAUGCUUGCUAGAUUGAGUGGAGGUAUUGUGAUAAAUAUCCAUAAUGUGAAAACAAUUAUUAUGUUCCGUGGCAGAAACUAUCGCCAGCCCAAAAAUUUGAUACCUAUUAACACCCUCACAAAGAGGAAGGCUCUUUUUAAGGCCAGAUUUGAGCAAGCUCUUGAAUCUCAAAAGUUAAACAUAAAGAAAAUAGAGCAGCAGCUACGGCGGAUGGGUGUAAAUCCUGAGGAUCCAGCUGCCAUGGCCAGCAUCCAGAGAGUUGCUUCAACAUUCUUCAAUGCUAUUGACAAGAAAGAAGGGAGCCCUUAUGUUUUUCAUGAAGGCAAACUGUCAGCUAAAGAAACUGUUGAAGAUUUGGAAGAGCCAGGGCCUUCUAUUGAUAGUGACCAGGAAGAGCUAGACCGAUUCAUUGCCGAGAUAGAAGAAGCUGCAGAUAAAGAAUAUGAAGCUGAAGAGGCAAAAGAAAAAGAAGAACUUGGCAGAAUGAGGUAUUGGAACAGAGAAGAAUUUGGAGGAAGAUUCAGAAAAUUUGAUGUUUCUGGAAAUGAUGAUCAUGAUGAUAAGGUUAGAGGUUCAAGGUUUCGGCAGACUGCGCAUGCUAAGCAGCAGGCUAGUGAUAGUGAUGUUGAAAACAAUAUACUGUCUGAUGAUGAUGAUGAUGAUGAUGACUAUGAUGGGGAGUGGCUUGCCGAUCCUGACAGUAAUUCUGAUGACUUUAGUGAGGCUAAAGGCAGGUCCAAGGUCAGUAGGGUGGACAGGGAAAUAAGAAAUAACUUUGGCAAGACCCAAGGUAACGGAAGUUCAAAUAGAGACGAAGGUGAACUUAGGAGAAAUUCAACCAUAGAUGAUUCUGAAUCGGAAAGUAUGUUCAGUGAUCUUGACAAUGCAAUGUGGGAGUCUGACGAGGAAGAAAAUGAAUCAUCAAGAGAGUCAAGUGUCAGCGGUGAGCACAAUAGCAACUGCGAGGACAAGCACGCAUAUCAUACAAAGAGACGCAGGAGAAAUGGUGUGAGGCAUCAUGGGGUUGGAGGUGAUGAUUCUGAUCAAAACUGGGAUGGGUUUGAUGUUCCCAGAAAUGUGAGGGGGAAGCAAGGUAGGAUAGGAAGAGCUGUCAUAAACCAACGGUCGCUGAGUUUAGAACCUGGACCCGAAGAUAUAGCUGGUGAUUCGGAAAACAGGCUGUGGCAUUCAUCAGAUUCUGAGGAAGAGUUUUAGACCCAAUUGGAGGGUCAGUGGGGAUAGAGGGGCGGAAUGCUGUUAAAAAUAACGAGCCACAAGAGAGGCCCAAACGAGGAAGAUGGGGCUUGGGACAGUGACUAGCCCGUUAAGUGUCAGACCUUCAUUCCAUAGAUUUUGUAUGGCAAACUGGCUUGGACAAAUAAUGGGUCCAAAGUUAAAAGAGCACGCAAGCCCUUCGUGUUUGGGUUACUCAGUUGGUCCCUAUGUGGUCGAGAGCUUGCCUAUCCUUCCGGUAAAACAGUAAAUACCGUCUACGGAGAUCCUUCGUGCAUUGACACUUGGAUUUAGAAAUGGAAUAUCUGAGAAUAAUGUGUUUUUUAUUGUUUUUGACGGUGAAGGAGUUGAAAGUUGAAAGAGAUGUGGGGUUUUAUUUGUAUGUGGAAAAUGGAGAGUCCUCUCACCCUUAGUCACGCGUCAAUGGUAGUUUAGUUUUGUGAAGUCAAGCAAAAAUGGAUCCGCCACUUGCAGAAGACGCUUCGUUUAAUAGCAACGACCCAUUGUUAUGCCCUUAAUCCACGCGUCAACGGGCAUGCAGCCUAUAAUUUGUGAA